AUGGAUCUUUCUGAGGGUGAGGAAUGCGAUUUAGAGUGGAUGGAUGCUAUUAGCAAAGAAAGGGGAAGAGUAGUAGGUGACAAGUUGGAAAGCUUCAAAGAAUUGCAAGUUGGUAUGACAUUUAAAGACAUGAAAGAAGGUAGACAGGUUAUGAAUUAUUAUGCAUUCGCUAACAAAAGGGCUUUGACUAUAAUAAAAGGUGAUACAAAGAGAACUAGGUAUGGUUGUGAUAUAGGAUGUCCCUUUAGGUGUUUGAUUUCAAAAGAUGGAAAAACUGAAGGGUUUAAGAUAAAGACUUUCAUCAAUAAGCACACAUGUGAGGAGACCUUUUUUAAUGCUAGAGCUGAUGCAGUUACUUUAGCUCAAUACUUCAAGAACAAGCUUCAAAAUAAUCCCAAGUAUAAGGUAAAAGAUAUGAGAGGAGAGCUUGAAAAUGACUUAAAAUUGAAUGUGUGUCAGUCUAAACUUAAAAGGGCUAAGAGGAUGGCUCUUGAGAAGUUGGAUGGAAGUUUUAUUGAUGACUACAACAAGCUUGAGGCUUAUGCACAAGAGCUUAAGCAAUCCAAUCCCGGAAGUGAUGUUUUGAUAAAUAUCUCUAAGGAUGCCCUGGCUGAAGGAAAAAGAAAAUUUUUAAGGAUGUACAUCUGCUUUGAUGCUCUUAAGAAAGGGUGGAAAUCUGGUUUGAGGCCAUUUAUUGGACUUGAUGGACAAGAUUCUAUGAACAGUUUCUAUCCACUAGCAUGGGCAAUAGUGGACAAAGAAACAAGCAAUACAUGGUGCUGGUUUAUUGAGUUAUUGAAGGGGUCUUUGGACCUUAAAGAUGGUGCAGAAGUCACAUUCAUUUCGGAUAUGCAAAAGGGACUGAUAGAUGCUGUUGUCAAAGUGUUGCCUGAAGCUCAACAUAGGUAUUGUGUGAGACACAUUGAGAGUAACUGGUGCAGAAAAUGGAGGAGUGGUCAAAUGAGGAAGCUGAUGUGGUGGUGUGCUUGGAGUUCCUAUGUUGAAGAGUUCAAGGACCAAUUAAAUAAGUUGGGGAAACUAUCAGAAGAUGGUGCAAGAAAUUUGGUAAAGUAUCCACCAAAGGCAUGGUGUAGAGCUUAUUUUGAUACUCAGUGUAAGAACAUGAUGGUUGAUAACAACUUCACUGAAUCAUUCAAUGCAUGGAUUCUUGAGGCUAGAGCCAAGCCAAUAAUCAAGAUGUUAGAAGAAAUAAGAGUACAAGUGAUUAGAUUGCUAGUGAAUAAUGAAAAGAAGUUGAAGACUUGGGUUAUAGAUUUCAGUCCGGAAUGCAUGAAGUUGUACAUCGAUUACAGGGCAUUUGCACACACUUGUAAGGUGGAGUUCAAUGGAGAUUGGGGCUAUGAAGUGUCUGAUGGAGAAGAUAGACACACUGUCAAUCUAAAGGAAAAGAGAUGCACUUGCAGAAUUUGGGAUUUAUCAGGUAUUCCCUGCCAGCAUGCCAUCAAAGCAUUGACACACAAAAAAGUAAAUCCAAUAACUGAAAUACAUUGGUGGUAUAGCAAGGAGGCUUACAUGCUUACAUAUAAAAACAAGAUGCAGCCUGUAAGAGGUCAAAAGUUUUGGAAGGUUGAUCCUUCAAGUGCAAUGUUGCCUACUAAUGUUGUGAAACAAUUGGGUAGACCAAAAAUGAAAAGGAAUAGAGAACCAGAUGAAGCAAGAAAAAGAAAGGGUGAAUGGUCUCAGUCUAGAAAAGGCACUCAAAUGACAUGUAACAACUGUGGUGAAUCAAAUCACAAUGUCAGGUCCUGUUACAAGAAAGGCAAAAGGCCAAUGUCUAACAAUGAACACGGUUCUGAUGUUGAGGGUGGAAUUGAAGCUGAAACUGGGGCUGAGGCUGUAACACAAGAGUUUGAACCAUAUGGUCCUAAUGUUGAAGAUGAAGAAGACCCACCUCUAAGACCAAUGGUGAUUUGUGAAUCAGAAUUGAGGGCUGAGAAGUUGAAAAAAAGGGUUGUUCCAAUUGGUGCAAGAAAAAUUCAGUUUUAUGGAGAUCACACUGGUGCCUCAGUGCCAACUAAUCUGCCUUAUUCUCCGAUCAAAACAACAUGGAAGGGAAAAGAAGCUGUCCCUGCUGGACAUGUGCAAAUGCAAGCAAAAAAGAAAAGAAUCAAGAUGAUGGGGGUUAAGGGCAGAAAUCCUGUUGUAGAUGAUUUAUUGUAA